GAGUGGCGGCCGAGCUCUGGGCGCCAAAAUGGGGCCGGCGGUUGGGCCUCUGACGGGAAGGAGGUCUGGCGGGGUGGAGGGGGGCCUGGCCGGCUCUGAGGCGCUGCUGCUGGGGAGCCUGCUGCUCCUGCUCCUCGGCCCGGGUUCUGUAAAAUCUUCAAACUAUGUUUACACGGAAGUAAUAGUGCCCAGGCAGCUGAAAACAAAAGAGAAUUUCCAGGAGGCAGACGUGUCCUACAUAAUUAAAGCAGAAGGAAACUACCACAUCAUCCACCUAAAACAUAUAACUUUUAUUGUUCCAAACAUUCCCGUUUAUUCUUUUAACAUGAAAGGAGACCGCAUAGCGGAUUACCCCUACAUUGAGGAUGACUGCUAUUACAACGGAUUCGUGGAAGACAUCGCGGACUCUCGGGUUGUCCUCUCUAUCUGCAGUGGGCUCCGGGGACAUAUGCAGAUUGAGGGUUUAAACUAUGAGAUCAAACCCAUUGAGAAUUCUGCCACAUUUCAGCACCUUAUUUAUCGAAGAGCUCAAGAGGACCACGAACCCUGCGGAGGGAUCCUCGAAGAUGGAGGGACGUGGACAAGCGACUUGGCACAAAUGGCAGCAGAUUCUGACAGCUACCCAGAUUCCUCUGACAGAGAGGGAGAGAACCUUGGCUCUGGUUCAUCUGUCAGAUAUCUAGAGUUUUACAGCAUUAUGGACAGAAGCAAGGCUUUAAGCCGAAAUGAGAACGAAACUCAGCUGCUUCAGAACAUGCUGAUUGUGAUGGCCGAUGUUCACAGUAUAUACUUUGAGAUAGGGCUUCAUGUGUAUUUAGUAGGCUUGGAGCUGUGGACUGAAAGAGACCCCAUUCUGAUCGGUAACACACUCCUUGAAACCUUGAAAGAGUUUCAGAACUAUGCCUCUUACAGUCUUCUGCAGAGCAUAAAUUUCGAUCAUGCCAGCUUAAUCACGACUCGAGGGCAUCAUCUGGGAAUUACGUCUGGAGAACAUUACUGCCAGCACAGCUAUCCUUCGGUAUCUGUUAUUCGAUCAGUGGGCAGCCUGCAAUCUGACGCAGACCAGACCGCCCAUCAGCUGGGCCAUUCCUUCGGCUUCUUCCACGACGACCAGGGCCGACACUGUGACUGCAGUUGUCCCCAGACGCCUGGCUUUUGCAUCAUGCACGCCGACUAUAGCACUGGAGUGUGUCGAAGGCUCAGCAACUGCAGCAAGCAAACGUACUACGAUUUAGUGAGGAAACCGGGAAAAGAGUGCCUUCUUAACAAGCCUAGCAAAGUAUUCGAGACAAUGGUGUGCGGGAACGGCAUCCUUGACGGUGGCGAAGAGUGUGACUGUGGCCAGGAUGAGGAAUGCAGAAUCAAUGGCUGCUGCCAAGCGAAUUGCAAAUUUAGCCCGGACGCAGACUGCCUUAAUGGACUCUGCUGUGAGAAAUGCAAGUAUUUACCAGAGGGAUCAACGUGUAGACCGGCUGCUACGGAGUGCGACCUUGCCGAGUACUGCAACGGGGCUACGCCAGAUUGCCCACCAGACACCUACAAGCAAGACGGGACACCCUGUGGCCACAGUGCCAGCUGUUACACCGGGCAGUGCUUCAACCUCCAGCAUCACUGCACAGUCCUCUUUGGCAACGACGCAAAGCUGGCCCCACUGAGCUGUUUUGAGGAAGUCAACACACGUGGUGACCGGUCUGGCAACUGUGGUGAAGAGGGAUCGAAGUUCAAGAAAUGUCAAAAACAAGAUGUCCUGUGCGGAAGGCUCCAGUGCACUGACAUUGGCAGAAUCCCGAAGCUUCCCACUGGACAAGGAGUGCUGCAGACCCCCGCGGGGAAAAUCCUGUGUUGGGGGACGGAGUUUCACCUCAACCUGGAUGGCUACGAUCUCGGAGCUGUGAGAGAUGGGACGUCCUGCGGCAACGGCAAGAUAUGCAUGAACCGAUCGUGUGUCAGUCUGGAGGUCCUGAACUACGACUGUGAUUUGAACAGAUGUAACAACCGAGGGGUGUGCAACAAUCAGAAAAACUGUCACUGCAAGUUCGGAUGGGCCCCUCCCUUCUGCGAAGGCAAAGGCUACGGAGGAAGCGUCGACAGCGGCCCCCCUCCAGUUUACAGCAGUAACUUUGCCCUCACCAUUGCUGUCAGCGCACUGGUUGGAGUGAUUCUCUUUGCAUUUCUCGCCAUAGCCGUACUUAAGAGAGACGAACUGAAGGCCUGGCUGGCUCAAUCGUACACGAAACGAGAAUCGCCGCAGCCGGAACUAACGGCAGAACCAGAAGAUACGCCGAAUCCAGCGCCAGAACCAGAAGUGCUGCCAGAACCACAACAUACACCACCUAUAAAACGUAAACCGUCGCAACGUGCAUUGCCUGAAAAAUGUGCAUCACAACUGGAAGGUAGACCACAACUACCGGAACCUAGACCCCAACCACAAUAUCCACAACAACCAGAACCCAGACCACAACCACAGAACCCACCAGAACCUAGACCCCAACCGCAAUAUCCACGACAACCAGAACCUAGACCACAACCACGAAAUCCACCAGAACCUAAACCACAACCACAAUAUCCACGACAACCGGAACCUAGACCACAACCACGAAAUCUACCAGAACCUAGACCACAACCACAAUAUCCACGACAACAGGAACCUAGACCACAACCUCAAUGUUCACCAGAACCAAAACCAAAACCUCAGUAUCCACGGCAGCCAGAAGCUAGACCACAACCACGAAAUCCACCAGGACCUAAACCGCAACCGCAACAUCCACGACAACCGGAACCUAGAGCACAAUCACAACAUCUACAAGAGCCUCGGCCACAAUCACAAUAUCCACUACGACCAGAAACUAAACCAAAGCCACAGUAUCCACCGCAACGAGAACCAAGACCACACUCUGAACAGACAAAAAUGAGAAAGCCCUCCAAGAAGCUGUCCCGAAGCAGCAGCUGAGAAGGGGCGUGCAGAGCAGAAGGAUGUUUCCAGGGUCAGAGAAGUCAAGGAAAGAACUCCCCACCUGUUGCUUUUCCCCUGCAGCUCCAUCGCUCCGUUCCUUCGCUUUGUCUCUUUGGACUCGAGAGAAAGCAUUCUUCCCUCAAACGGUCUGUCUGUGUAGUGAACCCGCAGUUGGUGUUGCAACUCGAAGAAAUAAAACGUACCACAUUUGGUUCACA